ACAAAAUACAAUUAAUUUUAAGAUAUUUAUACAAGUCAUCAGGCGAAGGCCAUGUGACUUUUUUAUUUUGAUAUUUUGAUAUUGGCACACGACCGAUACUUUCCUUGCCCAGUCGGCAUGCUAAUGUAUUCGAUAGUUUUUGAAUAAUUCGCAUAAUCAUAUUUGCAUGAGUAAAUAUGCGGAAGAAUCUCUCGUCUUAACACACACAAUUAAAUCACGGUCUAUAAGGACUAUUGACUGAUUACUCUCCCGUUACUACGUUAUAAAGCGAAUGCUGGAGAGGAGCAAUUCAGUAGUCCUUGUGCGGUGUUCGUGCGUCGUCAGGAUUCAUUAUCCACCGCAGGUCUUCUCGAAUUUUUUUUCUGUGCAACAAGAAGAUCGUGUAACAUCCAAAUACGUGAUUCAAAAUGUGGACUGUCUCAUUAGUAUUCAUCAGUUUGCUGUGUGCAUUAAUACCAUCGACGCAUUCUCAAGAUCAAUGUCAGAAUCCAGAAGGACAACCCGGUAUAUGCAUCAAUAUCAAGUCGUGUACAGUUUUAUUGAAUCUUUUGAAAACGAAAUCGCAAGAUCCAGUGGUGGGCAAUUUCCUUCGUGCUUCCCUUUGUGGCUUCAUUGGUAAUGAUCCUCUGGUUUGUUGUCCAUCCGAUACUGAUGCCGGAGGUACGAAUGGCUUGGAAGACAAUCGAGACAAUCGAAAGGAAAUUACAAAUACUCCAUAUGGGCCCUUACUUCCGCCUUAUUGCGGAUUCAGUAAUGUAACGCUACGCAGAAUCGUCGGUGGCGACCCAGCUCCAUUAGGCGCGUGGCCUUGGAUCACUGCUCUCGGAUACAGAAAUUCGAAAAAUCCAAAUGUUCCAAGAUGGCUUUGCGGCGGUGUCUUAAUUUCUAGUCGACAUGUACUUACCGCUGGACAUUGCGUUUACGGACGGUCGGAUUUAUACAAAGUGCGUAUCAGCGACUUGGAUCUCAACAGCGAUUACGACGGAGCGGAACCGUUUGAGGAUUUUAUCGAAAGAAUGACAGUGCAUCCCGAAUACAAUCCCAAGAGUUACACGAACGAUGUGGCAGUUUUGAAAACGACUCAAGAAAUACCAUUUACAUAUUUGCGUCAUCCCAUUUGUCUUCCGGUGGAUGAUUUUAAUAGAAAUAAAAAUGUAGAGAAUACGUAUCCUUUUGUCGCCGGAUGGGGAUCUGUUUAUUUCCAUGGCCCAACAAGCACUCGACUUUUACAGACGCAAAUUCCUGUGACUACGCAGCAAGAAUGCAAAAAUGCUUUUCGAAACUUUCGGACAACGGUUAUUGACAAUCGCGUUUUAUGCGCCGGAUUUGCUAAUGGUGGAAAAGACGCUUGUCAGGGUGAUAGUGGUGGACCUCUGAUGAGUAUUAAUCCACGAAAUCAGCAUACGUUUUAUGUAAUCGGGGUAGUAUCGUACGGUUUCAAGUGCGCUGAGCCAGGUUUUCCAGGUGUAUAUACAAAAGUUACAGAAUUCUUAGAUUUUAUCACAAGUCAAUUAGUAUAAAUAAUUUUCUCUAAUAAAGAAAAUACAGUUUUACAAUUGGCAAUGUUGAAAACUUGAAUAUGAAUUUUGAAUGAAGUUUAAAAACAAUAUUCCACCUCUCAUCUCUUGUAAUAUAAAUAAAAUUGUUUUAUAUA